GCCCCUUCCCUAGCUCACGUGAUCGCGCCCAGGGAGAAAACGCCUGACCCCAGCCCCCGGCCUUCAAGGCACGGCUUUUUCUUCUGUCGGCUGGUCGGCCUGUCGCCUUUCAGCUACCUGUGCGUCCCUCGUUCCCGUCCCGGGGUCCCCCCGGAGGCUAUCGGCCAUGCGGCUUUUGCCUCUAGCCCCAGGUCGGCCCGGGUGGGGCAGCCACCGCCACCUGCCCUCCUGCAGCCCAACGCUGCUGCUGCUGCUGGUGCUGGGCGGCUGCCUGGGGGUCUCCGGGGUGGCGGCGGGAACCCGGAGGCCCAACGUGGUGCUGCUCCUCACGGACGACCAGGACGAAGUGCUCGGCGGCAUGACACCACUAAAGAAAACCAGAGCACUCAUUGGAGAGAUGGGGAUGACUUUUUCCAGCGCUUAUGUGCCAAGUGCUCUCUGUUGCCCCAGCAGAGCCAGUAUCCUGACAGGAAAGUAUCCACAUAAUCAUCACGUUGUGAACAACACUCUAGAGGGGAACUGCAGUAGUAAGUCCUGGCAGAAGAUCCAGGAACCAAACACUUUCCCAGCAAUUCUCAGAUCAAUGUGUGGUUACCAAACCUUUUUUGCAGGGAAAUAUUUAAAUGAGUAUGGAGCCCCAGAUGCAGGUGGACUAGAACAUGUUCCUCUGGGCUGGAGUUACUGGUAUGCCUUGGAAAAAAAUUCUAAGUAUUAUAAUUACACCCUCUCUAUCAAUGGAAAGGCACGGAAGCAUGGUGAAAACUAUAGUGUGGACUACCUGACAGAUGUUUUGGCUAAUGUCUCCCUGGACUUCCUGAACUACAAAUCCAACUUUGAGCCCUUCUUCAUGAUGAUCGCCACUCCAGCGCCUCAUUCACCUUGGACAGCUGCACCUCAGUACCAGAAGGCUUUCCAGAGCGUCUUUGCACCAAGAAACAAGAACUUCAACAUCCAUGGAACGAACAAGCACUGGUUAAUUAGGCAAGCCAAGACUCCAAUGACUAAUUCUUCAAUACAGUUUUUGGAUAAUGCAUUUAGGAAAAGGUGGCAAACUCUCCUCUCAGUUGAUGACCUUGUGGAGAAACUGAUCAAGAGAUUGGAGUUCACUGGGGAGCUGAACAACACUUACAUCUUCUAUACCUCAGACAAUGGCUAUCACACAGGACAGUUUUCCUUGCCAAUAGACAAGAGACAGCUGUAUGAGUUUGAUAUCAAAGUUCCACUGCUGGUUCGAGGGCCUGGGAUCAAACCAAAUCAGACAAGCAAGAUGCUGGUUGCCAACAUUGACUUGGGUCCUACUAUUUUGGACAUUGCUGGCUACGACCUAAAUAAGACACAGAUGGAUGGGAUGUCUUUAUUGCCCAUUUUGAGAGGUGCCAGUAACUUGACCUGGCGAUCAGAUGUCCUGGUGGAAUACCAAGGAGAAGGCCGUAACGUCACUGACCCAACAUGCCCUUCUCUGAGUCCUGGCGUAUCUCAAUGUUUCCCAGACUGCAUAUGUGAAGAUGCUUAUAACAACACCUAUGCCUGUGUGAGGACAAUGUCAGCAUUGUGGAAUUUGCAGUAUUGUGAGUUUGAUGACCAGGAGGUGUUUGUAGAAGUCUAUAAUCUGACUGCAGACCCUGACCAAAUCACUAACAUUGCUAAAAAUAUAGACCCAGAGCUUUUAGGAAAGAUGAACUAUCGGUUAAUGAUGCUACAGUCCUGUUCUGGACCAACCUGUCGCACUCCAGGGGUUUUUGACCCCGGAUACAGGUUUGACCCCCGUCUCAUGUUCAGCAAUCAUGGCAGUGUCAGGACCCGAAGAUUUUCGAAACAUCUUCUGUAGUGACCUCACACAGCCUCUUCAGUUGGAUCCCUGCACGCCUCUUUCUGAUGAAGUGAUUGUAGUAGGUGUCUGUAGCUAGUCUUCAAGACCACACCUGGAAGAGUUUCUGGACUGGCUUUCAGUCCUGUUUGAAACAGCAACCCCAUCGGCUGACUUCCUCGUGCAAUGCGUUCAACUGUGAACUCUGCCUGUGUGUCAGGAGUGGCCGUCUCUGGUCUCUUCUUCAGCUGAUAAGGACACUCUGAGGUAUUUGUUCUCACCAUAUUCUUUCUGUCCUGGGGCCGCAAUUCUUGAUUAUUCCUCAUGUGGUUAAAGUCUGAAUUUGUAAAUCCAUUCAGAUAAAUGGCAGUACUUUAGGACACACACUCUCCUACCUUUGGAUAUAGCUUGACCUAAAAUCGAAGGACCUGUGUAGCAUUUCACAUUGAGCACUUCACUAUCAAAAAUACUAACAUCACAUGGCUUGAAGAGCAACCGUCAGAGCCGAAUCACCCAAGUAAGAACAAGUACCAUUGUUGAUAGAUAAGUAGAGAUAUAUUUUUUAUGAUGUCCAUCACAGUGUGGUAAGGUUGCAAAUUCAAAACAUGUUACCCAAGCUCUGUUCGGUUUUUUUUUUGGGGGGGGCGGGGGGAAUUCUAGGCUGGUGCUGCAUUGAAUUAGAGCAGCAAGCUUGUGAUAAAGGCCAAUUCCAGGUAGCUCUUGAAGGUGAUAGCCAUCUACUUUCCAGUCGCUGCCAACCACAGGGAGUGCCAGUUAACACUGGAAGGACUGAGGAAAGGUCUCUUCUCUUGAGACUCCCUCUGAGGUCUGAAAAGUAAAGUGUAGGAACAUCACCAGGGAAGAACUGCCAAGAGUUGGUGAAGGUUGUGUCUUCUGAAGACAGUGCUCUUGAAUAGACAGGUGGAAGGGCUGUACCUGGGAUAAAGGAAGGAAGUGUCUAUCUAGCAGGGAGCUUGAGUUUCGGUUGCAUGCAUGAAGUCAUUGACUCUCUCUGCAUUUUUCUGUCAUUCUGUUCAUUUGUUUUAAGAUGGAAAAUUUUCUUGUAGUUGAUGUGAAGUAUCAACUACUUUACCCUGCCUUCUCCCUUUUAGAUGGGUUCUUCCUGAGUUUUUGGAGUCUUGUGUGAUUAGGGCCCCAUUCAGUACUCCCCCGUCAAAAUCACAUCUAUUUAGGUUUCUUCACUGUUGAGAACACCUAAAUUUUUUUUAAUUUUACUUUUUUUUUUUUUUUUUUUUU